UGUGAUGUCAUCGAACACGGCCAAAGGCUUCUCGGUGAUGUCAUGGUAUUAUCAUAUGGGCGAACAAAACAGACAUGGCGGCGAUGACGGAGUCUCUCAGCUUAGAAAGAGAUGUGUGCAGAGUGAUCGAGCUGCUCGACAGAUUGCAGAGAAGCGGUGAGCUUCCCCCGCCGAAACUGCAAGCUCUACAGCGGGUCCUCCAGAGCAAAUUCUGCGCCGCAAUUAGAGAGGUGUACGAGCAGCUCUAUGACACGCUGGACAUCAUCGGGGGGCCUGAGGUCCGGGCCCAAGCUACUGCUAAGGCCACAGUCGCAGCCUUUGCCGCGAGUGAGGGCCACGCCCAUCCCCGGGUGGUGGAGCUUCCCAAAACGGAGGAGGGGCUGGGCUUCAACAUCAUGGGGGGGAAAGAGCAGAACUCGCCCAUAUACAUCUCCAGGGUGAUCCCCGGGGGCGUGGCCGACCGGCAGGGGGGGCUGAAGCGUGGGGACCAGCUGCUGUCCGUCAAUGGAGUGAGUGUGGAGGGCGAGCACCAUGAGAAGGCGGUGGAGCUGCUGAAGGCCGCUCAGGGCUCGGUGAAGCUGGUGGUGCGCUACACGCCCAAGGUGCUGGAGGAGAUGGAGGCGCGCUUCGAGAAGCUCCGCAGCGCCCGCCGGCGGCAGCAGCACACCAGUUACUCGUCUUUGGAGUCUCGAGGCUAAUUGGUCUUGUCUUCAAUCAAGCUAACAUUAAGCCCGCCUACCCAAGCCCUCUGGUCCAAUAGGAAGCCAGAUGAUUUAAGUGACCAUGCAACGAAAAAGGAAAUUUAAGUAGCUGUGUUAGAUCUAGACUUGUUGUCAGAUGUUUAUCUAAAUUAGACAGUGGUUUUAACACAGUUAUCAGCAGAUCUGAGUAAUAUUAGAGAAACCGCCCGAGAUCAUCCAAAAAAACCUUUGAGUAAUUCUUUAACAUUUAACUACUGAUCUAGAUUCUGUUUCAGUGGAGAGCUGAACAGAACUGUUUUUGUUUGUCUUGGUGAAUGGAAAUAGUGUAUUGCAUUGGUAUAUUUUGCAGGUUUCAUUUAUUUAUUUGUUUGUUUGUAUUUAGAGGAAUUUCAGACUUGAGCAGCGACCUCAUCGUGUCUCAGGGUCUCCUGAGCUUGUGUGCCUGCAUACUUUGUAUAUGUUUGGCUCACACCAUUCGGUUAUUCAUCAUAUACUUAUUUAUAUAUUUAUUCAUUAAAUACCUAUAGAUUUUCAUAUUUGCAUCUGGGUGUAAUAGUGUAUUGCCAUUUCUGUAUUAAAUGAUAGUUAACCUGAA